AUGAACUCGAGCCACGCCGCCGGCAUGCACACCUCGCUCCACCUCUGGAACCACAGCGCCUACCGAGGAGGGCACAGCAACGCCAGCCAGGCCCUGGGCACCGGCUACUCGGAUGGAGGAUGCUACGAGCAACUUUUUGUGUCCCCCGAGGUGUUCGUGACUCUGGGUGUGAUCAGCUUGUUGGAGAACAUUCUAGUCAUCGUGGCCAUCGCCAAGAACAAGAACCUGCACUCGCCCAUGUACUUCUUCAUCUGCAGCCUGGCGGUGGCCGACAUGCUGGUGAGCGUCUCCAAUGGGUCGGAAACCAUCGUCAUCACCCUGCUGAACAGCACCGACACGGACGCGCAGAGCUUCACGGUGAACAUCGACAAUGUCAUUGACUCGGUGAUCUGUAGCUCCUUGCUGGCCUCCAUUUGCAGCCUGCUUUCCAUCGCGGUGGACAGGUAUUUCACUAUCUUUUAUGCCCUGCAGUACCAUAACAUCAUGACGGUUAAGCGGGUGGGCAUCAUUAUAAGUUGCAUCUGGGCAGCUUGCACCGUGUCGGGGGUUUUGUUCAUCAUUUACUCCGACAGCAGUGCUGUCAUCAUCUGCCUCAUCACCAUGUUCUUCACCAUGCUGGUUCUCAUGGCCUCGCUCUAUGUCCACAUGUUCUUGAUGGCCAGGCUUCACAUUAAGAGGAUCGCAGUGCUUCCGGGCACGGGUGCCAUCCGCCAGGGCGCCAACAUGAAAGGCGCAAUUACCCUGACCAUCCUGAUUGGCGUCUUUGUGGUCUGCUGGGCUCCCUUCUUCCUCCACUUAAUAUUCUACAUCUCUUGUCCCCAGAACCCAUACUGUGUGUGUUUCAUGUCUCACUUUAACUUGUAUCUCAUAUUGAUCAUGUGCAAUGCUAUCAUUGAUCCUCUCAUCUAUGCACUGCGGAGUCAAGAACUGAGGAAAACCUUCAAAGAGAUCAUCUGUUGGUAUCCCCUGGGUGGCCUCUGUGACUUGUCUAACCGAUACUAA